AUUCUAAAAACACAGAACCAGGGUUUCAUUAAUAUUUUUCUACAUAAAUGUUGUUUUUGUGCUGGUUCUGAAAGACUCAUGGGUCAGUUCUGAUUGGGCUGAUUUUCCAUGUCAGAUCUGGACUGUUUGACACCUGCAGGAGAAUGAGGUUGAGCACAAAGCGUCCCUCAGUGUUUUCCUCACCGGGAAGUCUAUUCCUUCGGCUCCCAGCAGGAGAACUUUCCCCGCCGGGAGUCGUGCGGCUGUUUCUGCUGACACGCAGCCGCUACUGUAGCUCUCUCUCUGUGCUGUACAGUGUGUCUGCAUUGCGUCGAAUCCUCCCCUCCUCCCCUCCCUGUUUUCUCUCGCUCCCUCCUUUCCUGCUUCACUCACUUCUCUUUCCUCUCCUCAUGAAAUCCUGCAAUAUGCUUCCAAAUUAACGGACACAUAUCGGGUCUCCGCAGCAGGAUCCUCUGCCUCAUUUUCCCUCCUCUUCCUCACCAGGAUUUUUUUAAAGUGGUUUUCUCUUGAUGCAGCAAAGUCCGAUCCUUCCCGUCAGAAUGUGAGCUUCGUCCAGCUCAUUAUUCCUCCUCUCCCUCCUCCUCCUCCUCCUUGUUUUCCAGUAUGAUUUUAAGAAAUAGUCAGUCGGGAUUUUUGCUGUUGCGUUCAGAGCCGUCAAAAGCCUCCUCCUCUUCCUCCUCUUCCUCCUCCUCCUGCGGGCUGCACCGACUGGUGCUGAAAACCAACACCAAGAGGAUACGGAUGUUGACCAAGACAACAUAGUCUAUUAAUAUUUCAGAGACAUUGUAAAGAGAUAUCUGCUGGUAUUAAAGCCAGAGCUGAGGUGGGUGGCUGGAGAGGACGAUCAGUUCUAUCUGCUGCGCUCCAAACUCAGGUGUGAGACGAGGGACCACUGAGGGAACGUUCAGUUCAGAGACGAUGGCGAUGAUGAGGAUGAUGAUGGUGAUAGGGAGGGAGGCUCUGCGCAUCUCCUGGCAUCUGUAGGAGCCUCUCCACUUCAACCUGCCCCCACCACCUACACGCCGCUUCCCCUUCCUGCCCAUCACCCCCCAGGAAGGAUGACUGUGGUGUCCACGGAAAACAUGGACGACACCUCCACCCUGCCGGGCCACCCGCAGGACCCCUACCCGCUUGACGAUGACCACAAUGAUCACGACUGCUGUGAGCGGGUGGUCAUCAACAUCUCUGGGUUGCGGUUUGAGACCCAACUUAAGACUCUCGCCCAGUUUCCUGACACGCUGCUCGGGAACCCCAAGAAGAGGAUGCGCUACUUCGACCCCUUAAGAAAUGAGUAUUUCUUCGAUCGGAAUCGUCCGAGCUUCGACGCCAUCUUGUAUUAUUACCAGUCUGGAGGUCGGUUGAGGAGGCCGGUUAAUGUCCCUCUGGACAUGUUCUCAGAGGAGAUAAAGUUUUAUGAACUUGGUGCAGAAGCUAUGGAGAAAUUUAGGGAGGAUGAGGGAUUUAUCCGGGAAGAGGAGCGACCUUUGCCAGAGAAGGAGUUCCAGAGGCAGAUUUGGCUCCUCUUUGAGCAUCCAGAGAGUUCGGGGCCCGCCCGGGGGAUCGCCAUUGUCUCAGUGAUGGUAAUUCUUAUUUCAAUCGUCAUAUUUUGUUUGGAGACUUUACCGGAGCUAAAGGAGGAUCCCAAUGAUCGCAUUCACCAAGUGGGCAACACCACCAUGUAUUACAAGGCAAGCGUCCUGACAGAUCCUUUCUUUGUGGUGGAGACACUCUGCAUCAUCUGGUUUUCAUUUGAACUGAUCGUUCGCUUCUUUGCUUGCCCCAGCAAAGCAGCAUUCUUCAAAAACAUGAUGAACACUAUUGAUAUUGUGGCUAUAAUCCCAUACUUCAUCACUCUUGGCACAGAGCUAGCUGACGACCAAGGCAACAGGGAGGGAAGGGGAGGAGGGGAACAGGCCACAUCUUUAGCCAUUCUCAGGGUGAUCCGUCUGGUGAGGGUAUUCCGGAUCUUUAAACUGUCCCGACACUCCAAAGGGCUCCAGAUUCUGGGGCAAACUCUCAAGGCAAGCAUGAGGGAGCUGGGGUUGCUCAUUUUCUUCCUCUUCAUUGGUGUGAUUUUAUUUUCCAGUGCCGUUUACUUUGCUGAAGCUGAGGAAAAGGAGUCAUUUUUCACCAGCAUCCCGGAUGCCUUCUGGUGGGCUGUGGUGUCCAUGACGACCGUCGGCUAUGGGGACAUGUACCCCGUGACCAUCGGAGGUAAAAUUGUUGGUUCUCUUUGCGCCAUCGCCGGUGUGUUGACCAUCGCACUGCCAGUACCGGUCAUUGUGUCCAAUUUCAACUACUUCUACCACCGGGAGACGGAGGGUGAGGAGCAAGCACAGCUGCUCAACAUCAGCAACCAGAACUUGGCAUCAGAAACCAACUCAAGCCGCCGCACUUCUUCUGUGGUCAGCAAGUCAGAGUAUAUGGAGAUAGAUGAGGACUUGAACAACAGCAUUGAUAACUUUAGGGAAGCAAACCUUAGGACUGCCAACUGCACCGCCCCCAGCCAGAACUGUGUGAACAGGGGGAAGCUGCUCACCGAUGUGUAAGGCAGCGCCUGCACACUGCUGUAAAUAUUGUAGAAAUAUCUGGAUGCUUUAAACUCAAUAGGUGCAUUUUAUUCUCUUUUUUUAAACUCUUCUUUCAAACGUAUGAACAAACUAAAACACACAUAGUGAAGCAAUCUUGAGCAGAUCUUAGCAAAAAGUUUAGUUAAAUAUUCGUAUCCAUUCCAAAAUAUUUAACGGGUUUCACUGCCAGUUUUACAUAGCAAAUUCAAUUCUUUUGAACCAGUGACAGGAUGCAGGUGUGUCUUUUAUUCCGGACAAGCCCCCAAUAAUCUGACUCCAAUAAAUAAAUAAAACCCUGAAUUUUCUACAUUUUAUAAUCUGUAGGGGUUGCUCCAUCAAUUUAAGAUGCUUAAUCUGUUCGGUUCAAGAGCAAACUUUAGAGACUUUUGUUAGGUAUACCGGACAAUAUUCAAUUAAUUAUACUACUUGAGAUAAAAACCAAUAUCAUGUUUUCUAGUUGAUCUUUAAAGUGUGUGGAGUAACAUAAAAUAAAAUAGGUUACCUUGCUCAUUAGCUCAAUUAUUUUGGACCAGAGGUAUAUUUCAGGUCAAUUUCUUUUGUUAUGGGGUUAUUCCACUACUUUUAUACAUACUGAACCCAUUUAAGUAAGAGUAAAAAAUUUUGUCCCCAGAUUAGUACUCUAAUCAUUGUACUAUUAUUAAUUUAAGGGUGUUUCAUUGCCAACUUCAGACAUUAAAUGACAUAGUAGGUGACCUAGAAGUUCUACAUUGUAUCCCACACAAACCCCAAUUAUUUGAAAACUAGGCCAUGCAAGAAAACAAUAAAUUUAUCAUAAUUCAUAUAAUUUUUUUUUCCAUCAAAUUAAAGGUAUUAGCCCAACAUCUUAACAACCUCAGUCCAUUUUGUCCAGAGACAAAAACUAGGUUUAAAUGGGUUCUGAAUUUGAAUCCUGGACAAGAAUUCAAAUAAUACUAAUCUUAAAUUCUUGGAUUUAAACCACCAAAUGUACUUUAUACAACUAAGGAGGUUACACAGCCAAUUAUUGAUAGCUAACUUUAAUUCUUUUGUCUGCAGGAAUGUUUGGGGUGCUAGAAAACCUAUUUUUGUAUCCCAGACAAGCUGCCAAAGAUUUUCAUAACCCAGCUCCAGGAGAUUGACAUUUGGUGAAUUUCCUAAAUGCAUCCCAUUCAUGGACAGAGACCUACAGAAUUAAAUUAUAGAAGUCAUAGUUGUGGAUGAAAUGGGUCCUGGUUUUAUUCACUAAAAAACAUGUUACCUGUCACUUAAUAUUUGAUCUUUAAUAUGGCAAAUGUAUUCACACUGCCAGUCUCAGACAUGCAGCUGAUAAGUUUUGGUGCAGAAGCAUGUUUUUGUAUUGUGGAAACGACCCCAAUAAUAUUAAAAUCCCAUCCGAAAAGCUUAGAAACUGUUUUAGAAAAAUACAAAAAUAUAUCUCAAGUUUAAGAAAUGCAGAAUAAAAAAAAAAUUAUGAACAAAAAACAAUAAUCCUGCCACCACUUUACAUGCAUUACUUAUGAUUCACACUCUGACAGCUUUUCUGCCAUGGUUUAAAACAUGUAUCUUAUAAUAAAAAUGUAGUAUUACAAUAGAUGCAUGUUUUAAAGACCAAGUUGAUCUCUGGGAAAUGUAGUACUCUUAUUAUAUGCCCAUUAACUAAAAAAGGGGUAUUUCAGUCUGUGUCGACUCAGUGUUCACUAAUCAAUUGCUUUUUUAUUCCUAAAUGUGCAAUACUAAAUUGAUGGAGUGCCUCAUUAAUAACAUGCAAAGAUUUGCUGUAAUUGGAGUAUAACUUUAAACCUAUUUACUACAACAUUUCACUGCCAUCUCCUUUUGUUUUAGUAUGUAUUAAUUUAUAACAUUUUAGAUGCUCCAGCUCUUAACAGCUGAGUAACACAAAUCCAACAUUUGUGAAAAGAAUUCUGGUUUAUUCAAAUUAUUAAAGCACUUUAUAUUGACUUAAACACAUUAAAACAUUUAGGAAAUUCAUAUUAAAUAUUAAUAAUAAGUGUUUUAAACUGAAUACAUAAAAUAAGAAAGCUGAGGACUUAAUUGGAGGACAAACAAUAAAACUGGACGAAACAUUUUUGGUGAAAAGGGACAGCUGCCUGGUUUGGUGCAACAGACUCAACUUUGUGGAUGAAAGCCCAUCUGAGAUUCACAAGAACAACUUUAUCCACGACAGUUGGAUUACAGUUACGGACGUUUGUGCUUUCUGCAGCACAUCCAGGAAAAAUUGAGAAAAAAACAUUACAUGGCGAAUUUUUCAGGCACUUUAAGAGAAGCAAACAGGAAGUUUGUGGAGCCUUUGUGGAGGGACGAUCUGCACCGAUGCUGCUGCAGGUCAGCUGAAGGGUCCCUGUUUGAUGCCAUGCAAAGCUCCUUUAUAUAAACGCAUGUGGAGACUCUUCUCUUUUAUAUCAGCAUGCACACAACGUUACCUCAUUUUAUUUUUGCUGUUGUCUUCUUCAGCCCUCAUCCUCUUCUCCUGGAUUAUGUUUUGUUUUCACCAGAAGUGCUCUGGCUGUUUAUCGUCAAAGUUGUUUCAGAGCAUUUCCGUCUUGAAUGUUUAAGGAGAACAGCAACAUUUAUUUCUUCAGAGAUCACGGCAUGUCAAAAUACUUCAGCAUUAUGGCCUAAACAGCUAUGAUAUAGCUACGUAUACUCAAUGCAUGACGUCAGUAUUAAAUUGCUUGCAGUUUUCGGAUGGAGUGCGGGAAAACGGAGGGGAGACGAUGAUUCCCGUUAAGUUAUUCCGUGGAAAAAUGCAUGACGGAGGAAACAGUUAGAAGGAAAUAAUGUGCUUAAAACAGAAGAAAUCUUAAAAAACAAUUACUUUUAAGUUUUUUCCUCCUUUUUGUAUUUCCUUAAAGCUUUGACAACUGAGUGCAUGGGAACGUUUAAUUUAAUUUGUGAGCCCAUUUUUCUUAGUUUGAAGAAGAAAAAGUAUAAUAUUGAACAAAGCUCGUAGAGUAUAUAUCUAAAAAUCAGCUUCCAGUGCCUUGAAGCCCGUCUCGUUAUAGAAUUGACUAAAGUGCCUCCUGUUAUAAGAGCUUACAACGUGCAGCUUAACCUCUCCUGCUAUAAAGAUGCACUGAUCCCACAUAUCUGCCACUGAAGGGACAGUUUACUCCAUAUUAUCGGGCCAAAUAAAACCCCUUUCCUAUUCUAGUCGAUGACACAAAGCUGCAGCAUUUAGCCGGUAAUGCUAGCAACAAAAAAAAAACAGCCUCAUUUGGUCAAAUCCAGGUCAAACACGUUUAUGUGAACUGUAUAAACAGAAACAUUUUGACUAAACUACUUGUUUCAGAUCAAGGAUUAUUAACAUUAAAGCAUUAAGAGUUUUUCUUAGGUUUAUUUUAUUUAAAUUCAGAUGUUUACAUACACUAAGAUGUCUUAAAGUAUUUGGACAAGCCCAGAUGUUGAUUUCAGAACUUUGUAAGCUUUUGAAAGGUUUAAAUUAAGCAUGUGGACAUUUUUAAAGUCACUCCUCAAACAUGUUGGUUUUUUGCAUGUCAUCAUAGAAAGAUGACAACCAACCAGCCAAAAAGUCAACAAGUAAAUCAUGAAUCUGAAAGUUCUUCAUUGGUCUGUUCAAACAACUGCCAGUAUAAACACCAUGAGAACGUUCAGCUGUCUUGUUGUUCUGGAAGGAGUCGGGUUCUGCAUCAUUAUCCACAUAAUUAUUUACGAGCAUUAGCUCAUAAGUCACUUAGUAAGGAUUAAGCCACUGCAGUUUGCAAAUGCACUUUUUAGAGACGUCCCUGGAUCUGAUGGAACUAAAACAAUGAAGCCCAUCGUCCAAAGUGGAGGAAGAAGGAAGGAAAAAGCCUACAAGCCCCAAAACACCACCUAACUCCUAACUAUGGUAGUGGAUCCACUGUGUUAUGCAGGUAUUUUGCUUCAAGGACUGGUGCACUUUGCAAGAUAGAUGGCAUUACUUUAUCUGGUCUUCCAAAAAGUACAAUGAUGCACCAGCCCUUUUUAGUUGACUAUAAUCAAACUCUAGUUCGUUUGUCUAGAAAGUCCAGUUUGCUGAACUCUGAUGCGGACCAAAACAGUGACCUCUGGAGUGUUGUGAAUGUUCCAAGAGACGGAAGCAAACUACAGCCCACGACUUUCUGGAUGAAUACAACCAAAGCAAUUGUGUGUGUCUAGCACUAGUGGGAGAAAUUACUUGUGGUUUUUUACCAAAGCCAAAACAAAAAUUAAGCAAUCACUAAAUUCUGAUGCCACUCCGUUUUUGUUUACAUUUCAUGAAGGAGGAAGUUGAGGUUUUUUCCUUCAGUAGUUUUUUUUUUUUAGGGUUUGGUCUGUUUGGCACCAGGCAGAGAGAAAGUGAACCGUAGCAACUGAAAAUGCAAUUUUGGUCCCAAAUCGAACCAAAACUACCAGACUGUCAGGUGUGACAAUAAGCUAAGCAUAACACCACAUUACUACAACAUGGCUUCCGGUCAAUAAAGUUAAUGUGUUGGAGCUUCCGAUACAAAUCCAUGAUCUCAGCUGAGUAGAAAAUAUGUGGGCAGAUAUGGAAAGAUGAGUCCAAUCAAGUUAUACCAGCACUGUUAGGAGGAAUGGGCCAGAACUUUAGCAAACUAUUGUGGGAAGAUUGUGGAACGUUUGAGCCAAGUCAGAUAGAUUAAAAGAUGAUUUUACCAAAUACUGAGAAAUGUCUGAUGUAAAUGUCUGAAUUAAAAAAAUAAUUUGGUAAUUCUAAUUGAGCUAAAGCAAGACUAGUUUCGUUUGACUUAAUCUAAGAUAGCAAUAAAAUGGCAAUGAAUGUUGUUAUACAGUGUAUAGAAACAUCUGGGUUUAACUUUAUAUGCAGGCGAUUGGUCUGGAAAUCUCUUAUUUCCACGCUGUUAUUCCAGGAGAGCGUGUAAAAGUUUCCACACAAUCAGAAAGAGUGCAGAUAACUGAACACCAACAGGCAUCGCUUGAAUCCGCUGCUCGGGGGGUUUAGGGUGGGCUAUGUAACAACAGAUUUAAUUAGCCAACUCAUUAAGCGCCUGUUCCGACGUCUUUGUGUCGUUGUUGAGCCUGAAUCAAAGUAAUGCACAAAUUUCCCCUCUGGAUGAACUGUUGUAGACAAUUUAUCUGCUGACUUAUUGGUUACUGAGGCAAGUGACCCAUUUAGAGAUAAGUCAGGAGAAUCGGAUCCAAUUGGGGAGAAAAUACCAGAAUUACACUUCAGAACAAGUCGGUUAUCAAAAUGAUAAGGGCUGAACUUUAAGCCUGGUUUUAUUAAGAAUCUACUCAAUUAUUUUCAUAUAAAUAGAAAGUGGUGAGGUUUAGUGUUUGCUUCUAAAUUGAGCCAAAUAAUGAGAGCGCAAACAUGGCCACUUUUCAGCAGGACCAAAAAUAGAUUCUUUCCAGACUAAAACCAGAGAGAAAUGAAAGCGAGCCUGUUUUAUUUUGGCUAUCGUCCCUCAUCAGGCCCCUUCGCUUUCUCGCUCUGAUGUUUUCAGUGAAGAGGAUGGAGCAGGGAGACGAUUCUGCUUCGUGUGCCUUGGAGCUGUAGGACGUUUCAGUUCAGGGAGGGCUGAUGGAUCUGCAGAGGCACUCAGUGUUUCCUCUGCAGAGCAGCAUUAGUCAUUCUGCAUGCCAGUAAAAUGGCGCUGCUGCUGCUGCUGUUGUUUCAGGACAGGGGAACAUAACCGGGGAGCAACGGGUUUUUCUCCAGGACAGAAACAAUCAACUGAUGCAACAGCGCCAAAUGAGACCUUAUGUUCUGAAGGCUCAGUUUUUAGACCCAAUCUUACACGGCAGAACCAGGAGAUUUGCUAAAGCGCCACCUCUUGUUUAGACGAGCAAAUGCUUCAGUAAAUGUCAUGAAACAUGCAUGAACUUUUGCACAUUUUUCAAUGUAUUUUAAUGGAAUUUUACAUGUUUUUUAUUGUUUUUACAAAUAAAAAUCAGCACUUUUUAGAAACACGUUCCACUAAACUUGCAGGUGUCUGAAGAGCUACAGACAGGAAUUUUAUACAACUUUUUGUAAAAUAGCUCACGCUUAGUAUUAGUGAACAUUGAUUUUGAAGUUUUCUCACAGAUUUUAAACUGGAAUCAAAUCUAGACUUUGACUAGGCCAUUCUAACUGUUCAAUCUUUGCCCCGACAGAAGAUGACUUGUGAGGAAUUAACCAUGUUUUCACCUGGGGAUGCUGUGCGGUGCACAGCGUUUGGUGUGUUGGCCACAAGGCUUAGUUUCUGUUUCGUCUGACCACAGCACCUUCUUGGUUGCUUGUUUGAUUAACGCUCCCUUUUAGAUGGACGUCCAUGUCUUGGUAGGUCUGCAGUCGGUCCAGAGCUUUGGAAAAUGUCCAGAGCUUGGGAUAUUGGAUUUCUCUGUAAUUCUCCCAUGUAAGAACUACCCAGAGUUGUGUCCGUCUCAUAAGACACAACUGUGUCCAGGAAUAUCUUUGAUGCCUUUAUUGGCUAGUUUGGAGUUAGAACACAUGCUUAAAAAUAGUAAUAUGAUAAAAAACCUCAGCAGGAAAAACUAUAAAAAUAGGAUCACUUAAGACAGUAAUUUACAGAAAAAUGUAUAAGAAUGACAUCCCAGAUUGAUUUUUACAUAAACAAUUGGAAAAAGACCGUAAUUUGUUUUGUAUUUCUCGUUCUAAUCCAGCAUAAAGCUUCAUGGCUUCAACGACGUUUCCGAGUUGCAUGACCGUCUGGUGAUGCUGCGUCAUCAGACGAACACUUGAUGAUUUGGGUCGUAUUUGCAUCAAGUCGGGUCGGAUCAUUUUCUUCUCAAAAUGCAACCAGAUGAUAUGGAGUGUCGGGGCGGCCAUAUAUGCCUCAGAGGCAUCUGAACACCUAUUGGCCUAUUUAUGGAUCCAAUACCUCUGAUUACUGCCCUCUUGUGGCCGUUUUAGACAUUUCAACAGUUCACCAAAAUGAAAUUGAUUUUUCUAAAAGAAUUCAAACCAAACUAAUUUUUGACACUGGCAUUUUUUUGUUUGUUUGUUUGAUUGUGGUUUAUAGAUUACAGAAAAUCAGAAUGAGGUAAUUCAUUAGAUUAUUGCAAAAAAAUGAUCAAAAAAGUGGCUUUUAUGACAGAAAUGAAAUGUUAUGGCUUUAGUUGUUCACCCAAUAGUCAUGAAAAGUCUCCACAGGGUGGGUCAGUGAUGCUACUCUGUCCAGGAAUAUUAAUUUAAGGUUGAGUGGAAGGAAAAAAUGUGGUGCACAAAAGCUCAAAUCCGACCAAAGGUUAAGGAAUUAUGAGGGGUGAAAUUUCUAGAUUAAAAAUUCUUUUUUAAUCUUCCCUACAGUUCUGACGUGAAAUUCAAAUAUUUUAAUUAAAAGAAAACCUUUUAAAUAUAUUUGAUAAAGUCUAAUGCUGCUGCAGCUGUGUGUCAUUGUCAAGUUUCUUAAACGGCGCAUUUAAAUCCCUUUAAUUAGUCUGGAAAAAAUACAUAAAAGUUACGAAGGUGCUAAGUGGUAAACAUGCUGAAGGAUUAAGAGAAACAUUUUAAUAUUUUACUGUUUUUUUAAGGUUGAAUCAUAUCAAUAUUAGUUUAUUUAAGAUUGAUUAAAAGCAUAGUUCAGAGUACUCAGUGUUUUCUUAAUUGGUUUGUGUUUAUAUUUGGAGGCCAAAGUUGGAGUUUUCUGCAGCAGACGCCACUAAAGGGACCAAAUGGUGUUUUGUAGGAGUUUCAUAUACACAUUUUUAAUGUUUUUACCGUCUGAUCUGCAGUAAACAGGACAGAACUGUGUCAUUUCCAAAAUAAAAUCCAAUUUUUAUCUCUCGAGUAAACACGAUUUAAUUACAAGCUUCCAACUGCCAGAACCGGAUUGAUUUCCAGUAGAUAACAAGCCGUUAAAUUAGUUUUUGACGGAAACUUCCUGCAACUGCCGAUGUUUUCCAACCUGGAUUUAUCGAUAAGCGUAAUUUGAUUUGUUGCUGCUUUGAGGCAUCAGAAUGACCUGAAAAGUUGCUUGAUUUCAGCAAUGAACUUGAAUCAGCUCUGAAGUGUGUCUCAUCGUUACAUAUUCCAUGUAAUGUCCAAUAAAUCAGUCAUUCAAUAAAAAAAAUUAAAAAAAUAUCAAGAUUUGCUGCAAAUUUAAGUUGCUUUAUGACAUUAAACUGCUGAAACUUCUUAAGCAAAAAUACAGAAGAUUUUCUGAUAAUAUUUUUAUUUCAAGCUUUAAAAGCAAAUUGAAAACAAAAUAAUUGAUGAACAUGAAAUUAUAAAAUAAAUUUCAGGUCUAACAAGCAGAAAUGAAUCUCAGAUGUUUUUUGUUUAAAGGUUUAGGCAGUUUGAGGGUUCAGGUUUUUUACUGAAUCCUUCCAAAAUGACACAUUUUUAUCAUUUCAGUUUGAAUGUUUUGCCUCAGACGGAUUUUUUUUUCAACUCUGUGAAAAAUUGUGUUUUGCUAUUUUUUAUGUCUAUUUAUUUUGAAUGUAUUUGACAUUUAUUUAUUUUAUUCCGGUUUUUUACAGCUUGACAAUGCUGAGCUACUGAUAAAUAAGGCUUACAGUUCAGGUGAUGAUGAUGAGACGUUUGCAGUGUUUCAGGUGGAUGUGGAGAUAAUUUAAAUAUCCCAACACGCAUGGAUGACUGCAGCUGGUCAGACUUUCUGUUUCCUGUCAGAAGCCAAAGUGUCGUUCAGAACGAAAGUCUCAGCAUGGACGGUUUUUGUUUAAAAAAAAAACACAACAGUGAAGAACUGUAUUCAUUUUCUCCAAACUUGUUGGAUGUUUCUGUUUGUUUUCUUUCUGAUUGGCUGCUGCUUCCGUCUGCAGAGCUUUUCAUUGGCCGCUGAGGCAGAGUCUGUAACCUAUGCAAGGUUAGUCAGCAGUUUCUGUCCAUUCAUCAUAUAACAGCAUCUUCAAUAAACCCUGGAAAAUAAACAGUAAAUUCAA